AUGGUUCUUUCUUGCGACAAACCGAUUAAAGAAUACCUUUCCAAAUUCUCGGUAAUCCGUUUGGCCGGGCGCAAUGAUAAAUGCGUCUGCGGCGCUGACAAACGAGAUGACAGCGUCAAUAAUUAUUUCAGCCCACACUUCCAUCUAGACACUAUCAACGAUAGACUUUUUUUUUAUUUCUUUCUUUCUUUGCUUGCUCUCUCUGUAUUUGCUCUGCAACUUUACCAUACCAGCGUGGCAACGCAAAAGCAGCUGGAAUCGUCUUGGACACCAUGUUUUAAAAUAAUCAAUAUCUAUCUAUCUAUCUAUCUAUCUAUCUAUCUAUCUAUCUAUCUAUCUAUCUAUGUUAGCGUCUAUCUGUGUAUCUUCUUUCUCUCCUCUCUCUCUCUCUCCCUCUCUCUCAGUCUGUUUGUAUCUAUUACCCUUCAUAAAUCUCUCCCUUACUAUCUAUCUAUCUAUCUAUCUUAG